AUGAGCGUGUCUCCGGAGAUUCACGUAGGCAUUUCGGUAAGUCGAUUUGCUCGGGACAUCUCAUUCCACCAACGCACCACCACCCUUGCACGGAUCCAAGCAUCACGAGUAGUGCUUGACUCGGCGUUGACCUGUAUCUGAAUGUCGUAGGCCUGCCUUGACGACAUCACGCGUGCCUUCAAAGACGGCCAGGCCAUCAUCGAGAAGAUCAAGAAGAAGCGAGCUCUGAAACGCGCUCCCCCUCCUCCCCGCCUCCUCGAAGAGAGCAUUGACGAUGGCCCGAACGAGAUUGAAAGAGAGAAGCAGCGAGGGUGGAAUCGUUUCGGGAAGGCGUUUGAAGAUGGAGAUCAUCUCGCAGUCAUCGCGCUCCAGCAGGUCACAAUCCAAUUGCAGAGCAAGCUGCUGGAGAAGCUGAGGAAUGCGGCCUUCGACGACGACAGCAAGAUCACGGACUUCACAUACCUGGUAGAUGCAGCAGAUACUGGAAGAGACCGUACAAUCGCGGUGCUGCACGAGCUCAAGCAGCGUCUCAUUGCGGCGCAAAACACUGGAGAAGAAGCCACGGUCUCGAAGGAGCAGCCCCAGCCGCGGAUAGUUGAGACGAGUGCCACGCCCAACAGCAGCGGCAGCAAUGUUACGACACCGACUGGACAAGUGCACCGGGAACGAGCCAUAUCGGCCGCCAGCAUCACGAAGCAACCUGCCAAGCAUCACAACACAUGGUCCCGGGACUUCACCGACUCUCGCGAUGCUUCAGGCGAAGAGAAUGCCGCGGCAGGCGCAGAAGACAGCCACCAUCACCGCAAGAGAAACUCUCUUCUGGGCUUCCUCAAACACCAUCGCGCACACAGCGAUUUGGAAAAGUUGCCCAAAGAAAAGAACGCCCCUCAGCAGCCUAUCGUUGAGGAACCCGCUCGUAAAGGCUCAACGACCUCCAGCACAGGCGUGACAGUGCCAUAUCGACCACCGCCUCAGUGCGACGCCAGUGCUCCCAGCGACGCCCAGCCCCCACAGUCCAAGUUUCAGUACGCUGAAUGGGAGGACAACCCUGAAGAGAUCUGGGGAAGCAAACCUCACCUCGACCGGAGAGAAACAGUCGCACUCGCGCCAGACCAGCCGUCGGCCAACCCGACUACUUCCUUCACAGUCAAUCUACCACAUCAACCACCUCCUCCAGUAAUGACAAACCGCACCAAUUCCGUGGCCACUUAUACCAGUAUCGCACAUCAACACCACCCCUCUACGGCAAUACCCACUCCAACCCCUGAAAACGAAUUUCUCGGCUUCUGCAAGGGCGCCUGGAAGCUUCAAAACGGCGACAGGAAAGGCAGCAUGUCCAAAUGCAAAGAUGUCGAACCCUGGUCUCGCCAUCCCUCUGCGCACUCCGCCGCCGCAUCUUACCUUGCCUGCCAGCAACAACGCUGUGCUUUCCGCUCCUCCUUCAGCAAUGCAGACGUGAAUGUGAUUUGGAAAAAGGUUUUCACCCUGGAAGCCAAAGGCAUCAGACUCCGUUGGCAAUUCCUGGCCAAGAGCCAUGUCCUGCAGAGGGUAGUCGUGAAGCACCAAUAUUCGUUCAAAUGUCUCUUCUGUGUCUUCACGACGGGAAAAUCCGGCGUGUACCUUGGAAUGGAUUUCUACCUCGAUCACAUUUCUUCGACGCAUCGUCCGGAACGCUUGUCGGAAGUGAUUCUCUACAAGACCGGGUGCAUCAACGAUCGCAUCGCGGGUGAUGAGGAGGAUUUCGAUAUCUGUUUGUAUCCCAUGACGGCGGCUGAUUGGGAGAGAGACGAUAUGAGUGGAAGGAAACAGGAGGGAUGGUUAAGCGAUGAUUUGGUUUUCGGCGGUGGCGGAGCUCAUCACGGAAGAGAUAGUGUUGCGAACGAUUCCAUGUUCUCGAAUGAGCCCUGGAAUGAAGGUCUGAGUGAUUUCCAUUAUGGGGACAAGUGGGAUGGGGUUGAGAUUGGAGAGCAGAUUUAA